AUGAAGCCGGUUGUCAAGACAGUAGUUCUGUGCCUGGCCCUGAGUCUAGGAAGAUGCGAUGAAGAAGUAACCCCAGACAACUCAGUCAACCAAGCUGCCCCAGAAGAAUCAGCCUCAGCAGACUGGGGCAUUGGGACCAUCAGAGAUGGCUUUGAAACCGUUAAUGGCUAUUUUGACUCUUUUUUAGAGCUGCUAGGAGGAAAAAAUGGGGUUUGUCAGUACAGAUGUAGAUAUGGGAAGGCUCCAAUGCCCAGACCGAACUACAAGCCACAAGAGCCCAAUGGCUGCAGCUCCUACUUCCUUGGUCUCAAGGUACCAGAAAGUUUGGAUUUAGGCAUCCCUGCCAUGACUAAGUGCUGUAACCAGCUGGAUGUUUGUUACGACACCUGCGGAGCCAACAAAUACCGCUGUGAUGCUAAGUUCCGAUGGUGCCUCCACUCCAUCUGCUCAGACCUCAAACGGAGCCUUGGUUUUGUCUCCAAGGUUGAAGCUUGUGAAUCUGUAGCAGAUACAGUGUUUAACACUGUCUGGACUCUGGGCUGCCGACCCUUCAUGAACAGCCAAAGAAGUGCCUGCAUUUGUAAUGAGGAGGAAAAAGAGGAACUUUGA